AUGGGACGACCUGAUUCAGGGCAUGCGUUACAAUUUUUCCUGGCGAUCUCGGAGGACACGGUCAGCUUAGCUUUGGUGCAAGAACAACCUGAGUUUAAACUCGUGUACUUCGUUAGCAGAACAUUGCAGCCCGCAGAAACAAGGUACAAGCGAGUCGAGAAGAUCGCUUUGGCCCUAGUGAUGGCAGUGUUAAAACUUUGGCAAGCAGCGCGGCGCCUAAGGCCGUACUUCCAAAGUCAUCAGGUGAUAGGACGAACAUAUCACCCGAUCGCGAAAAUCCUGCGCAAACCAGACCUGGGCAGGAGGAUUGUAGGAUGGUCCGUGGAGUUAUCUGAAUUCGGGCUACAAUUCGAACCACGAGGGUCAAUCCGAGGACAACAUUUGGACGACUUUGCGGUCGAGUUACCUUGGGAAGAAGAAUGUCCCCGAGAGUGGACCCUUUAUGUGGAUGGCUCUUCUGUGCGAUUCGGGGAUGGGGCAGGAAUUGUGUUGGAGGGACCGGAUGGCUUUGUCGUUGAACAGGCAAUCGUCUUCCUGUUCAAAAUAAGUAACUAUCAGGCCGAGUACGAAGCAGUAAUAGCCAGACUCGAACUGGCUAAAGACUUGGGGGCGGUUUCGGUCAAAUGCCGAACGGACUCCCAAUUGGUGGUGGGGCAGCUGACUGAGAGCUUCCAGACCAAAGAUGAUCAACUGCUUCGUUAUUAUCAUAAGGUAAAGGAGUUGGUGAAGCAGUUCCGGAUGGUGGAAUUCAAACAUGUACCGAGAGAGCAAAAUGUAAGGGCGGAUGUUUUAUCCAAACUCGCCAACUGUAAGGGAAAGGAUCACUUGUCGUCGGUCAUAAGGCAAGUUAUGAUGAGCCCUUCGGUAGAGUUCUUGGCGGUCCAAGAGGUUUCCAGUGAACCUGAUUGGAGGAAGGCCAUAAGAGAAAUCAUUCAGAGGCAGGAGAGCGGCUUACACGUCCGAGCGGUUGAAGCGAAGAAGGCCGCUCGGUUCUUAUUAAUAGGGGAGGAUCUGUACAAGAGAAGAUUCUCCUCACCCCUAUUAAAAUGUGUAUCUGCGGAGGAAGCUGAGUAUGUGAUGAGGGAGCUGCACGGAGGGGCGUGUGGAAUGCAUACAGGGCAGCGAGCUUUGCGCGCCAAGGUGAUAAGAGCGGGCUAUUUCUGGCCGACGGUGGAAAAAGACUGCAUGAUGUUUGUACAGAGGUGUUCGAAGUGUCAAGAGCACGACAAGAACCUCAACCUACCACCGGUAGAGUUACACAGUUUGAUGUCUCCCUGGCCGUUCGCGCAAUGGGGGAUGGAUGUUGUGGGACCCUUUCCAGUGGGUCGAGCUCAGAAGAGAUUUUUAUUGGUAGCAAUUGAUUAUUUCACCAAGUGGAUAGAAGCAGAGCCGCUCCAAAAGUUUGUAUGGACGCUCAUAUGCCGGUUUGGAAUCCCCAAGACCGUAGUUACGGACAACGGGCGGCAGUUCGUUGACAAACGAUUUGGAGAUUUCUAUAAAAAGCUGGGAAUUAAGCAUGUCACAAGCUCGGUAGAGCACCCACAGACGAACGACCAAGUGGAAGCAGCCAACAAAGUCAUUGUUGCAGAGCUGAAGAAAAGAUUGGGAGAUGCCAAAGGAGCCUGGGUGGAUGAACUUCAGGAAGUCCUUUGGGGAUAUCGCUGCACACCGCACGGUACAACUAGGGAAACCCCGUUCAACCUUACAUAUGGAAUGGACGCCAUGUUACCAGUAGAGGUAGGGGAACCUACCAUGCGAAGGGGAAUCCAAAGUCUGCAAGAUAACAAUGAUGAGCUUCGAGUGGAGCUAGACACCUUGGAUGAACGAAGAGAGGUGGGAAUGAUCUGA